GCGGAGCCGAGGCCGCGGCCGGCUGCAUGAAGGACUGCGAGUACCAGCAGAUCAGCCCCGGGGCCGCCCCGCCGCCCGCCUCCCCCGGGGCUCACCGCCCCGGUCCCGCCGCGCCCCCCGGCCCGGGCCCCGGCCCCCAGCCGUCCGCCGCCCCCGCCCCGGCGCGCUGGAGCAGCAGCGGCAGCGGGAGCCUCGGCCGCCGCCCUCGGCGCAAGUGGGAGGUGUUCCCCGGCCGCAACCGCUUCUACUGCGGCGGCCGCCUCAUGCUGGCCGGCCACGGCGGCGUCUUCGCGCUCACGCUGCUGCUCAUCCUCACCACCACGGUCCUCUUCUUCGUCUUCGACUGUCCUUUCCUGGCCAGCAACCUGACCCUCGCCAUCCCCAUCAUCGCCGCCAUCCUUCUCUUCUUCGUCAUGAGCUGCCUGCUACAGACGAGUUUCACUGACCCUGGGAUCCUGCCCCGGGCCACUGUCUGUGAGGCAGCUGCCCUGGAGAAACAGAUCGACAACACGGGCAGUUCCACGUACCGGCCGCCCCCUCGGACCCGAGAGGUCAUGAUCAACGGGCAGAUGGUGAAGCUGAAGUACUGCUUCACCUGCAAGAUGUUUAGGCCACCCCGGACCUCACACUGCAGUGUCUGCGACAACUGUGUGGAACGGUUUGACCAUCACUGCCCCUGGGUGGGCAACUGUGUGGGAAGACGGAACUACCGCUUCUUCUACGCAUUUAUUCUCUCCCUCUCAUUCCUGACAGCCUUCAUCUUCGCCUGCGUGGUCACCCACCUGACAUUGCGCUCUCAGAGAAGCAACUUCCUCUCCACUCUGAAGGAGACACCAGCGAGUGUGCUGGAGCUGGUGAUCUGCUUCUUCUCCAUCUGGUCCAUCCUGGGCCUCUCAGGGUUUCACACUUACCUCGUUGCCUCCAACCUGACAACGAACGAAGAUAUCAAAGGCUCAUGGUCCAGCAAGAGGGGCGGUGAGGCCUCCGUCAACCCGUACAGCCAUAAAAGUGUUAUCGCCAACUGCUGUGCUGUGCUCUGCGGCCCCCUACCUCCCAGCCUGAUUGACCGGAGGGGAUUUGUGCAGUCUGACACGGUGCUGCCCUCGCCCAUCAGAAGUGAAGAACCAGCCUGCGGAGCCAAGCCUGAUGCCAGCAUGGUAGGAGGCCAUCCUUGAAUGGGGCUCAGUACUUGCCACCUGCUGGCCUGUCUGCCCUUCCGCACUCACCUGCUGCCCUCUACACCUGCUGGGACCCUCCCCAUUCCGCCUGAGGGAAGCAGAGCUGCCAAAGACUCAAGUCUUUUCGUAUUUAUUUCCCACCUCUCCCCAAACUGUUCCGUGGCUGUACCUUCUGCUCCCCAAACCCAGGUCCCCAUGGCCUUGGGCACUAGAUUCCCCCAGCUGAUCAGUGGCAGGAAUGACGAGAGAGGCCAGAGCCUCUGAAAGCCACCAAGGGGACCACGCCUGGUCUCUGCCUGUGCCAGGAUGAGCCCUAUGUGAAUGAGGGUGUGAGCUGAGCGCAAAGCCGCCCAGUCAGGAGAGCUCCUGGAGCCUUUCUAAGCCAGGUCCUCGGGGCGAAAGGUGGGAUAAUGAGCAAAGUCAGCUCUGGACAAUGGGCUGGGCUGUGGGAGAGGAACCCUCCAAGCCUCCGCGGGCUGCUUUGGUGUGUGGGCUUCUUGAUUCUUUUUGUGAUAUAUAUAUAUAUAUAUUUUUUUUUUUGUAUUGAGUUGGCCAAUGAGAUAGAGCUGGGGUUCCAGGUAGAGAGGGUAGAAUUGGGAGUGGGAGGGCAGCCGUCUAUGUCAGAGGAAGCUGAACCAGUCAGCCAGCCAGGCACCCAAAGCCUCAGCUCCUUUGCAGUUCCUGGGCAGUGCACUAGGAAGGGGGCCUUGUCCUCCCCCUGCCUAUGGAGGGCUCUCCAAGGGAUCCUAGCCGGCCCACUCCACGUCCCUCCCAAGUCAGGCCUGGGCUCCGGCAGGUUAUAAUCAUGCUGGCAAUACUUGAAACGGGUUUAUUAAUGCUGGAUAUUUUGCACAAUUUUAUAGACCUCUUUUCUACAUAGCAUUUUUUAAAUAGAAGGAAGAAAAAAAAAAAAGCCACAUUGCUGUCUGUGUAGUGCCAGGUUAAAGGUUAUCAGAAAACAAGUUGGUUUUAAUAACUUUAUUACAGGAGACCUUCUGGCUAUGAGUGAGCGAGUGUGUGUGUGCAUCUGUGUGUGCCCGUGCACGAAUGUGGCUGGCUCCCCCUUCCCCACAUCCCCUGGGCUGCCCCCUCCCCGCUGGGCCCCUUGGGUGACAGGCGGCAGCAGUGGAGCGGCCUGUGCCAUGGGGGUGGAAAGCAUGUGCAUUGGUUUCUAGAGAUUCCUGGUUCCCCCUGGGGCUCAGCCCCCACCCUCCUAUUCGACUUCAGACAACCAGCAGGGGGGACUCUGCCACCACCCCACCACCACCCAGCCCCCAGGUUAGGCUUCCAGCUGAGACCUGCCCAGACAGGCUGAGGCAGGGCGUGGUGGGUGGGGUGAUGGCAGUAUGGGGAGUGGCUGCCAUCCUACAAGCCACACAUCCCCCUCCCAGAUCUGAGGAUGGGACCUAGUACCAGGGACUAGAGAUCAAGGUGUCUGCUAGCUGGGGGCUUCCAUCCAGAGAAGAGGAAGGAAGGGGUGGUGGCCAAGGCCAGUGAAGAUUGGCCUAAACCUAGGCUUGAAACUCAUAGGAUGUCCUUCUCUACUGGGAGCUAUAGUGUCUUACCAAAAUAGAUAGAAAAUUGUCCCUAUGUCUCCCUCCUUUGCCCUUUAAGUGGGUGACACCCUUGGAAAGUGACACAGGAAGCCCCCAGAUCUUGCCCUUCUUCACUCCAGAGGCUAGUGUGUCAUAGGGCUGGGAAAUGGCAGCCACAGAGGAACCUGUCUGGGAGAAACAGCUUCUCCCCAGCCUCAGUGCCCUGGGUCAUCGCUGCUGCAGUGGCCCUGGGAGGUGGGGAGGGGGCCCCACCUGUCUUUUAUUUAAGCCAGUAUUCUUUGUUCCUUGCCUGUAAUAAAACUUUUGUUUUUAAGA